AUGUUUGACUUGGAACAAAGAAGGGGCCAGGAGAGUGGUGGAAUAGUGACAAGUGAUGGAGACUCAGCCCAAACAUUCAAAGUGCACAAGGGUAUGGGUCUUAUUAAUCAUGUAUUCAGUGAAGACAAUCUGAAGAAGCUGUAUGUUUCAAACCUCGGAAUUGGUCACACCAGGUACUCCACUUCAGGAAUCUCUGAAUUAGAGAACUGCCAACCUUUUGUUGUAGAAACUCUUCAUGGAAAGAUUGCUGUGGCACACAAUGGUGAAUUAAUAAAUGCCAAACAACUCAGAAGAAAGCUGAUGAGACAUGGUGUGGGACUGUCUACCAGUUCUGACAGCGAAUUGAUCACCCAGCUGCUGGCAUUCACACCUCCACUAGAGAAUGAUGAUACCCCAGACUGGGUGGCAAGAAUAAAAAAUUUAAUGAAUGAAACUCCUACAUCAUAUUCACUACUAAUGAUGCAUAAAGACAUAAUCUAUGCCGUACGUGAUCCCUAUGGGAAUCGUCCACUCUGCAUUGGUCGUCUCGUUUCAGUAGGCAAUAUGACUGGAAAAGGGAAGAAAAACAGUGAAACAGAAGGAUGGGUGGUCUCCUCUGAAUCCUGUAGCUUUUUAUCUAUUGGUGCACAGUAUUAUCGCGAAGUCCUCCCUGGAGAGAUUGUGAAGAUAUCCAGAUAUGAUGUCCAAACACUGGAAAUCGUACCAAGACCUGAAGGAGAUCCACCUGCCUUCUGUAUCUUUGAAUAUGUCUACUUUGCAAGGCCCGACAGUAUUUUUGAAGGUCAAAUGGUAUAUUCAGUCAGGAGAAGAUGCGGCCAGCAGCUUGCUAUUGAAGCACCAGUGGAAGCAGACUUGGUUAGCACAGUACCAGAAUCUGCAACACCAGCAGCACUAGGUUAUGCACAAAAGUGUGGGCUGCCAUACGUUGAAGUACUCUGUAAAAAUCGAUAUGUCGGAAGAACUUUUAUUCAACCAAAUAUGCGGUUAAGACAGCUUGGAGUGGCAAAAAAAUUUGGAGUCCUAUCUGACAACUUUAAAGGCAAAAGAGUUGUGCUAAUUGAUGACUCUAUUGUGCGAGGCAAUACAAUAUCUCCCAUAAUAAAGUUGCUCAGGGAAUCUGGUGCUAAGGAGGUGCACAUCCGUGUGGCUUCACCUCCCAUAAGAUUUCCUUGUUACAUGGGAAUAAAUAUUCCAACAAAAGAAGAACUCAUUGCCAACAGACCUGAAUUUCAUGACCUUGCAAAAUACAUAGGUAAAUGCUACAAUUAUAUUCCUUUUUUAAAAAAGUUUUCUGUUAUGAGGAAUAGUCACGAUCAAAAAUUUUCAGUGGGAAAAACUGACUUUAAAAAAAAAAAAAAAAAAAUUCUAAUGAAUUUUUCAUUAGAUCACCUACACCAGAUCACAUUAAUACUAGCUCUGUUUUGUGUGACGCAGUUGAUAGUUCUUCCUCCUUUAAAUGUAUAG